AUGUCGAGGCACCCGCAAGAUAUGUCACGAAGAUACCCUCAGAGCGCUGGCGGCAUGUAUGCGCAGCCUUCACUUGACGGGGCCAAUUAUGGACAUCCUGCAGAACCAGCUACGUAUGGUCAGCAACAGAUCUACUCCUUUUUGCCUUCGCAGCAACACAGGAGGCCUCGACGCCGCUACCAAGAGAUCGAGCGCAUGUAUAACUGCUGCUUGAAUGGCUGCGAGAAGGCUUAUGGCACUCUGAACCAUUUGAAUGCCCACGUCACGAUGCAGAGCCAUGGGCGGAGGCGAACACCUGACGAGUUCAAGGAGAUUCGGGAGGCAUGGAAGGCGCGCAAGAAGGAGGAAGAUCAGCAACAGAAAGCCGCAGAGGAAGCAGGCUGGCAGCGUCAUGCGCAAGCCGUGGCGUCUGCCCGUACCCAGUUUUAG